ACUCCGUACAACCACCCUGUUCGUGUGAACAACUACAACAACCUUCGCACGCCGAACGAGGAGGCAAGACUCCCGCAGCUCAAAUCAGCCCUACACAAACUUUCGAACCGAACCCACUCACCCCCAUAACCCUUAUAACAUCCGAACACAAAAGCCGUAACACAAAACCCAACCACCAAAAUGUCGCAAAAACUCGACCUGACACUCACCACCACUCUGACCCUCCUCGACCAAUUCCAAACCGCCAUCACCAGCGCCAGCGCCAGCUUACCCCCCGCCUCUACCUCCACUUCCAAUUCCACCACAACAGAAACAACCAUCCCCACAAAAGACGCCCUCCCCCUCCUCUCCGCCUCCGCCCUAACCCUAAAAUCCCAAAUCACCAAACUCUCCCUCGUGACGAUCACCGCCCCGUUCACGGCCACAGCCGCAACGCCCAUCCUGACCGCACUCAACGAUUCCGUCCUCCCGUCGCUCGUAACCGCCGCCCUCCUGAUCACGCCCACGGACCACACGCAGGCGUUCCAAACGGAAGCGCACGCGCUGACGCGGUUGGCGCUGACGGAGCUGGGGGUUCUGUUGGGUGCUGUGCAGGGUAUCGCUACCUCUGCCAGCAGCAACCAACCAGAAGCUAAAAGUGAGAAGCAAAGCACCAGGAAGGGAGGGGCGGAGCUGGCGCAGUCGCGCAAGGAAGAGGUGACGCUUGCGGCGGCGCGGGCGUGGGAGGCCUGCGACGCGGUGAUUGAUCUCGCGGCGAAGGGGGUGGUGGGGUUCGUGGUGCGGCGGGUGGAGCAGUGGCGGGACCUCGUGCGGGAUGCGGUUGGGGAGAUUGAGGAGUGGGAUCCUGAGGAGGAGGGGGAUGAGUUUUUCGACGAGUUGUUGAGCGACGAUGAGAAACAGGGUGCGGAUGACGACGAUGAUGACGAUAAUAAGGAGGAGGGUGGUGAUGAUGAUGAUGAAGAAGAGACGGCGGCCUUGCAUGCACAGAAAAAGAUCACGCUGAAGAUGUUGAAGCCCAUUGCGCAGGUGUAUCCGGCUAUCGUGACGCACCGGCUGAAGAAGACGCCGGAUACAGUCGUCGAGAUGGCCAAGCUGGAGACUCUGAUGAAGAAUCUGCAGAUGAUUCCGGAGCUGGUCGAUGAGAUUGCAGGCGCCUUGUAUGAGGCAGACCCUCAAAAGUCCGGGCGGUUCUUAACCCAGGCGAAGGAGAGGGCUGUCCUGGCUCUGCAGUUGGUUACGUUGCCUUGGCAGGGGACGGGUCAGGAUAAGUUCACUACUUGGGCAAAUACGUGGUUGAAGGUGAUGGAGGAGCUUAGCAAGUCGAUCUUUGUGUCUGCAUGAUACUCCUGGUUCGAGGGGCUGUUGUAAUGAGCGAGUUGGCUGGUAGGCACAUGUUGUGCUUUACUGAAAAUUUUUGCGCGAUAUUACCUGAAUAUCCAGAUAAGUGAAAAAU